AUGUCUCAGAGCAAGCCAGACACAUCCGAAACAGUGAAAGUAGUGGUUAGAUGUAGGCCACUGGAUGAGAGAGAAACUUUGGCUGGUCAUGAGAAAUGUGUUUUCGUCGACGUUCCAAAUGCAACUAUUGAAGUACGCAAUCCCAAGGCAAAGCCUGACGAAGCUCCUCGACGAUUCACAUUUGAUUCAGUUUAUGAUGAAAAUUCAACCCAAAGGGAUUUAUUUGAUGAAAGCUUCCGUGAUCUGAUUACCAGUGUCUUAGAAGGCUUUAAUGGCACCAUUUUUGCAUAUGGACAGACUGGGACAGGCAAAACUUUCACCAUUCAGGGAGUUGAAGACAAUCCAGAGCUUCGUGGUGUUAUGCCUAAUUCAUUUGACCUAAUAUUUGAUCAUAUAUCUAGGUCUAAAGAUGCUCAGUAUCUUGUGCGUGCCAGCUAUUUGGAAAUUUACAAAGAAGAAAUACGUGACUUACUCCGUAGAGACCAGUCAAAACAUUUAGAAAUCAAGGAGAAACCUGAUAGCGGAAUAUAUGUGAAAGAUCUUUCUUCAGUUCUUACUAGGAGCAUUACUGAAAUUCAGAAAGUUAUGAAUAUCGGCUAUCAGAAUCGGGCAGUUGGGGCUACAAACAUGAAUGAACACAGCUCACGGUCACAUGCCAUUUUUAUCGUUACUGUUGAAUGUUGUAAGACUGGAGCAGAUGGAAAAAACCAUAUACGUGUUGGUAAAUUAAAUCUUGUUGAUUUGGCCGGAAGUGAACGCCAAUCUAAAACAUUAUCUGAGGGAGAACGUUUGAAAGAAGCCACGAAAAUCAAUUUAAGUCUUUCAACUCUUGGAAACGUUAUAUCUGCUUUGGUGGAUGGUAAAAGCACGCAUAUUCCUUAUCGUGACUCAAAACUUACUCGUCUACUUCAAGAUUCUUUUGGAGGAAACUCAAAAACUAUUAUGGUAGCAAAUAUUGGACCAGCCACUUAUAACUAUGAAGAAACUAUCAAUACGCUGAGAUACGCGAAUCGUGCUAAAAAUAUCAAAAAUAGACCAAAAAUAAAUGAGGACCCAAAAGAUGCUCUGUUGAGAGAAUAUCAACAAGAAAUCGAUAGGCUGAAAGCCUUACUGAGAAAUCGAAAUGCUGUUAUUCCUAAACAAAUUCAGAAACAAAAUGGAAGACAAAAAUCUCAGGGGAAACAAAUGUCAUUCAAUGGUAAUGAAGUUGAUAUUGAUUUUACAAGUGAAGAAAAUGGUACUGAAGACGAUGCAACAAGUAUGGAAAACUAUGUAAAAGAACAGCAAGCUAAAUUGUCAGCUGAAAAAGAUGCAGUUUUAAAUGAUCAUUCACUAGUUGCUGAAGAAAAAUCUCGCUUGUUGAAUGAACUGAAGUUGAAGGAAAGUAAACUCCAAGAAGAACAAGCACAAACUCAACAAUUAGAAUUGAAAUUAAAGACAAUGGAAAGCAAAUUACUUCGUGGUGACCAAUCAAUAGUUGAGCAUACUCGCAUGCAAGAAUUAACGUUGGCUGAACAGAGGACAAAAAUGGCAGAACAAAGACGUCGUGAACGUGAAAUAGUAGCUCGUAUGGAAGAAGAAGAAGGCAGCGUGGCUAAUUUACAGGAAGGUUUCACAUCAUUAAAGCAAGAAGUUGAGGUGAACACUAGAAAGCUAAAGAAAUUAUUUGAAAAACUACAGGAAAUUAAACAAGAAACGUUGGAUGUACAAGAAGAAUAUACACUUGAACGUCAAGAACAUGAAAGGAUCCAAGAUCAGUUAACACGUGAAGUUAAACUACAAUUAAUCAUUCUGGAGAACUUUAUUCCAUCGGAAGAAAAAGAGAAGCUGGAGAAAAGAAUCUAUUUUGAUGAAGAAACUGAAAAGUGGCAAGUGAAGCCACUUUUUCAAUCAACUAAUGAAAAUUCAGACACAAACAUUUCACCUGAAGAGUAUAUUGGUCAGUCACUCUACCAAGCUUUAAGAACUAGACGUCAUCUUUCUCAGUAUGCUCUUAUGACUUCGAAAUACGACUCAAAUCCUAGAUAUCGAAACGAACAAUUAUUAUCUUUGGAUAUGGAUUUACCUGGUCGCACUACAAGAGAUUAUGAACCACCACAGUUAGCCCCACAAGUUGUUGCAGCAUUAGAAGCCGCUCUACAGGACGAAGAAGAUUUGGAAUUAGAUGGCAGUCCUUCAAUAUUCAAAUGUCGUCCGGUCAGACCGAAACGAACUGGAAAAAGGACACGUGCAAUCCCCCGGGAGGACGCCAGUCAAAUUUUUCCUCAGUCUAAAGGACUUGUACCGAAGUAG